AUGGAGUUGUGGAAUAUGACCGAUGUGCUAGCCAAGCCCUUCUCUCCUCUGUCUAACUGCACUGUGGACACCAGCUACCGCUUCACCUUCUACCAAGUGUCCUACGGUGUCAUCUUCCUGCUGGGGUUGGCCACCAACAGCCUGGCUCUGCGCAGACUGUGUGCAUCUCCCGGCACCAUGAACAGCACAGCCAUUUACAUGGUCAGCCUGUCAGUUGCCGACUUGUUUUUCGUAAUCUCUCUGCCCCUGAGGAUCUACUACUACCACCAAAAGGCCGGAGCUUUGUCCUCCAAGACAGGAGACCCGUCUAGUUGGACUCAGGGAGCGCCAUACUGCCACCUCACCUUCAUCCUCAAAUACAUCAGCCUGUAUGGGGGAAUCUUCUUCCUGGUGUGCAUUGCUGUGGACCGUUACUUUGCUGUCGUGCACCCGAUCGCCUCAACACUCCGCAGGCUGCGUGUUGCACAGCUGGUAAGUGGGGGGAUCUGGUGCUUGGUGCUGGGGCUCUGUGUGAGUCUGCCUCUGCUGCACUCUGCAGCCACUCGCCAACACCAGCCCUGCCUGCUGGACCCGUCCUCGCAACGCCACCGCUCCAUCAUCCUGGUAGCCCUGGGCUUAGUCCUGGGGUCAUUUCUGCUGCCCACUUUGCUGCUUCUCUGUAGCUACUGCAGAGUGCUGAGCGUGCUUCGCAAGCCGAGACACCGCCAACGCCGCAGCCGUCAGCACACUCUCACAAUUAUUUACUGGGUGCUAGGCAUCUUUCUGCUGUGCUUCGUCCCCUAUCACAUCAACCUGCUGGGAUACACGCUCACACAUGUGGGGCUGCUGCACCAUUGUGGCCUGGCCAAGGUGACCAAGGCUGUGCACCCCGUGGUGUUAUUACUAGCAAGCUCCAAUUGCUGCCUCAACCCACUUGUCUACUAUUUCUCCAGCAGCCUGGUGCACAAGGAGGCACCCGGUAGUGGCAGCCAGUGA